GUCCCUCGUCUCAUAGUCCGCUGCCUCUUGCCGACGACGACAAGCCCAACAGCACUUUCCCUACUUCAUUGUUCAAAUUUGACCUCUAUUCUCCUCUUUCCCUAUUUAUCAAGUCUAAACUUAGUGCUACUCCAUUAAUUUAAUUAAUUCUUUCCCGUUCUUUUUUUCUCUUCUAAACAUACAUCAUAGUGUCCGUCUUGCAAACAUUACAUACCACAGUACCACAAUACCACAAUACAACAAGCUACGUGUCUGUUGCGGGAAAUCCGUAACGGUUUUUAUUUUUUGUCUGCCUGAUAUGUUUUCACCCACUAUCCUUUAAACCACGAUGGCGUCCGACUUAGCACCCCCAGCAAACUCUCCAGCUGAUUCCAACUCGGAGACCUUUACCCUGCAAAUCCUAUCGCCUUCUGUAGGCAUACCGCAACCACUAGCGCUCCAGAAGCUUCCCAUAGGUACCACUGUUAAACAGCUAAAGGAGCGCAUCCGAGAUGUUGUUAGCACUAAACCUGCCGACCAGGCGCAGCGUCUCAUUCACAGAGGCCGUUUGUUGGCCCGUGAUAACGAGACAAUGACUGACAUCUUCGGUCAGGAAGCGCUGCGCUCUACGGAUCACCAGACGUUACAUCUAGUGUUACGAGAUCUUUCUGAUGGCCGACCAACGUCUACGCCAACUCCUCCAAACCAAAGCACUACUUCGGGUCAACCUUCGACUGGGGUCAACCCUCUUUCCCAGCACCAGCUGCAUCCCAACACUAAUCCUUUCCAACCCGACCCUCAGGCGCGCACUGGAAUCCCUCAUUACCAAGGCCUAAGCUUUGGUUCUCAAAGGCCUGUUCCUGGGAUGCCGGCUGUAGGCCAGCCAAUGGUCCUUCCGCCUGGCCUUUCUCCGCAGCAGUAUAACCAGUGGGUAAGAGCCCUGAAUGCUCAUGUGGGAGCUCGCGACCAUAACCAACGAACGGCUACGCCAGGGGCGCAGGAUAUACCUACUACUAGCGCAAGGGGAACACCGGGAGUGAAUACACCUGGAAGGAUAGCUUCGCCGUUCCAGGCAGAGAUGACGCGUACCACAAUCAGUGAGAGAACCGAUUCUAAUGGAUUACACUGGCGGAUAACUUACAACGAAACAUUUGCGAAUCCAUUACAGCGACCAGGAAAUGCUUGGGCUUCUCAAGCACGCUCUACUCCGAAUGGGAGCCAACUUUACGACAAUGAAGCACAGGAUGCUCUACGAGCUGCGGAUACUAACGCGGCAACUCGGGUCAUGGCUGAUGCUAUGCGUAGGAAUGCUAGCAGCUCUUCCCUAGCAGGCCUUGCAACCGGCCAAGCUCAGUAUCCUAUUCCGCCUGGGGUUACUACGCCGUUGAUUCCAUCUCGAGCAGGCAGCGCUACUGCUACACCAGAUCCGUUUAGAGCAGCCGGUCAAUCCAGAAGCCUGCCUGUACACCAAAAUCAUACGCAUUCGUCUCAAAACACACCAGAGGUCUAUAUCUUAUCUUCCCCUAGUGGACCUCGUGCCUUGUUGCUCAAUGGCGGCUUAGAGACAUACUUCAGCCCUCCAAUUCGACCCGUAAACCCACCUAUGAGUGUACCAUUUGCGCAGAGACAACAUCCACUUAUAUUUGCCAAUGCCUUCCAUCCGCAAUAUACGGCGCAGGUACCAGCGCCAACCCAACCGCAAAUGCCUCCAGCCGGACGAAGUCUCAUAGGUGACCACCGAGGACAUAAUGCUACUCAGCCACAGCAACACCAGGCUCAACAACAGCAUGGUUUACCUCAGCCCCUUCAGAUGCCACAUAUAGGACAUGCUGUAGCUCGUGCAGACAACCCACAAAUUCAGGCUAUCAGAAUAGCUCAUUUAUGGCCGCAUAUCUGGUUGGUCGCUCGUAUCGGCUUCUUCAUCUGGCUAUUCUCAUCGCCAAGAUCUAGCUGGUCUCGUUUCUUUUUCAUGAUUGGCGCCGCAGUCAUCAUGCUUCUCGCCCGCACUGGCCUUUUGAAUCAACUGUGGGUCCCUUUCCGCCAACGCUUGGAGAACUUGAUACCUCCAGCCGACGGCCACGAGGACGCAGCAGUACAAGUAGACGCACGAGAUAGGGGCAUCCAGGGCAGAAAUGGUGCGGCGGAUGGUGGACAACAGCAAAGGGAACUACACCCGGCUGAUACGGCAGCCAGGCUGGUGCAACAGCGACGUCAUGAGAAUGCCAACUGGUUGAUGGACCAAGUUAGGAGGUUAGAACGUGCUGGUAUCCUGUUUCUUGCUAGUAUCGCUCCAGGAGUUGCCGAGCGGCAUAUUGCGCAAGUUGAAUCCGAGGCGCGGGCCGAACGUAGACGACGGGAGGAGGCCGAAGCUGCCGCCGCAGCUGCGGCUCAGCAAUCUGAGAGACUAGAUGAUACAGAACAGGGCGGAGAUAGUGAUACCGCCACUGCCACUGCCACCGCUAGUGAGGGGUCGGGGGGUCAGGAUCGAUCACCGGAAGGCGAGAGGGGUAACGAGAGACCGCCUGAUGCAGAAGAGCCACUCAUUGACAUAUAAACCCAUUGGAGGGCACCAGUAAUACGAGACUUCAUCAAGAGGCAAGACAUGACAAGAGCUACAGAAGUUUGCGAAUAUUUCACAAGACGCAAUCUAUGUGUCUUGCGAUAAAAUAAAAAGAAGUUGGUCAAAAAUGGCAUUGGAGGGGGGGACCUCAGCUGAAAGCCGAGGUUGUUUUGUAAAAUCUUCGAAUAGCGGUUUUUGUGUACAGCGUGUGUGUGCGUGUGUGUGUGUGUGUGUGCCUAUGUAUGUUUCUGGAGUUGGCGCUUUGCGUGUGUAAGCGAGGGAAACGUGUAUCAAUGAAUAACAGCUUGAUGAGGGUCGAGGGCUGGCUGGCUGGAUGGCUAACCUAGGUGGUUGUGCAAUAAGAGACAGGCAAACAGACAGAAAGGCAGGAUAUGACGUGAGCGAUCAUGUCGAAUAAGACUUUUUCUCCAGGACGGUUAC